GUUGCUGCAGCCCCGGCCAACACUGCGACCUUCUCCGCUGGUGCGUGACCGCAAUCUGCAUGACCGCAAUCUGCGUGAAUCUGCAUGGCUCUCCCGCGCUGGCCGACGAGCAAGGGACGGCAACGAGGCAAAGGUGACUCGGCAGAUUUUCACUUUGGCCUGGCCGGCAGUCCUUGGAGCGUCGAUCGACCCAGUGCUCUCGCUUCUAGACACCUACUGGGUCUCCAGAUGUCUGGGGAUGUUGUCCUUGGCCGCGCUUGGCCCAGCAUUGAAUGUUGAGGAUUGGAUGUUUGACAUCCUCAAGACAGUGCAAGUGCCGGUCCGCUCACUGACAUCCGAGUCGGUCGCUGCUGGACGACCUGAGGAGGUUCAGGAGACUUUGUCGCAGGCAUUGUGCUUCUGCUGGAGGGUGGGGCUCGCGGUCGCAAUUCUUGGGUCAGCUAUCUCAACCUUUCUCCUUAGAUUGUCCUCGGUGGAAGCUUCGUCUCCGCUGCUUGAGCCGGCAAAGGCCUACUUGGUCCCACGUCUUUUUGGUGCCCCGGGCCUCCUGACUCUAAUAGUCCUCCAGGCGGCGUUGUCUGGUGCCUUCCGAGACACCUCAGCAGUGUUGCGUUUGGUCUUGCUGGGAGCUGGCCUCAAUGCCGUGCUGACGCCUCUGUGCGUUGCUGGCCUCCAUGCUGGCACAGCUGG